AUGUCCUCUCCAUUUUACAAUUACACUAUCGCCACUUUCACUAGGGGUCUCAAGACCCUCUCUACCAUCCUAAAAAAGGCCGAAGAGUACGCGAAAGAAAACAACAUUCCACUCGAUGACCUUCUCAAUGCCCGUCUUGUUGAGGAUAUGAAGCCUCUCUCCUUCCAAAUCGUGACCGCAACAAACACCAUCUCUAAGGCCCUCGCCCGCGCGGCUUCCGUGGAACUUCCGCCACAGCCACAACUCGACGAGACCUAUGAAGACCUUUACAAGCGCAUAGAUAGGACGCUCGCGGAGCUUGGCAAAGUCGAUGCAGCCAAGAUUGCCAGCAGGGAAGGGGAACGUUUCAAGGCUCCGAUUGGACCGGUGGAAUUCGAUUUCACGCUGGAGGAUUACUCAGUGCGAUUUGCGAUUCCCAAUUUCUACUUCCAUCUUGUGACGGCGUAUGAAAUUUUGAGGGUGAAAGGUGUGCAGAUAGGAAAGAUGGAUUAUUUGUCGGAAUUUGUGGUGUAG